AAGCGAGAUGGGGUCGUGCGAGAGGUGCGACAAAAACUCUCAGAAUAAAAGCCCUCGUCUGCUUGAUUCAAGAUCCACAUCGCUCGUCCUCGGGCUCGGAGCAGGAAAUGGCUAGUUCCAAGGUGUAUCACUUCGAUGAGGUCGCUAAGCACAAGGUCGUCAAAGAUUGCUGGCUCCUCAUCGACGGAAAGGUUUACGAUGUCACCCCAUUUAUGGAAGACCAUCCAGGUGGCGAUGAGGUUUUGCUUGCAUCAACCGGAAAGGAUGCCACCAAUGAUUUUGAAGAUAUAGGCCACAGCACCUCGGCCAGGGAUAUGAUGGCAAAGUACUACAUCGGCCAGAUAGAUUCUUCAACCGUUCCAUCUAAGUGUGCUUACGAACCGCUUCAACCCAACAGCACAGAUAAAUCAUCCGAGUUUAUUAUCAAGAUAUUGCAGUUCCUUGUGCCCAUAUUGAUCUUGGGCUUGGCACUUGCUGUCCGAAUGCUCACCAAGGUAGACUAGGCUUGUGCAAUUUCCCAAUUUGGCUUGCUGUUCCUUUCAAGAAUAAGAAACAUUGGUUGAAAGCAUAUCUUUGAAAGUACUGAGCUUAUGAUGUUAUUCUGCUUUCUAGGAUGAAGUGAUUGUCUAGUUGUUUCUUAUAGUGAAAUCAAAUGUUAAAAUUUUGAUGGAAAA